CCUCACCCCAAACAGCUAUUUUCUAAUCUCCACAACCGGAAGGUGUCAGUGCAGUACCUCAGAUUGUCGUUUAACCCCCCAAUUAUUCACUCACCACCGAGCAAUGACAUUGUCAUCAUCCUCACACGCACAAUCACUCAACAUCUCAAGGAAAAAUCCGGCAAUUGAACGAUGCCUGGUGGAAUAGCUGAACCCCCGGUGAAUUCUUCUGCGUUCUUUAUCGGAAGUUAACCUAAAAGUUCACGGAGUGCUCAAGGAAAUACAAACGUCACUCUUGAUUUUCCAUAAUCAUGAGAAUAAAUUAGUGCAGUGCGACUUAUCGUGUUUGUUGUGUAAACGAAAAUGAUCGAAUUGGUUUAUUUGGCGUCAACUGCUGAUCCAACAUUUUUUCACAUUUACUCCCUUUGUUGGCAUAAAUCAGGAAUUCGCUACGUGUGCGACAUGUGUGAUGGUGCAAUUAAUAUAAGUGAUGAGUAAGUGACACGGGGAAGGGAUUGAUGUGUGGGUUCAGUGCCAUUGGGGGUUAAUGAAUUUGUGAUUUGCUCCAUGUCGCAUUCUGGAGACACGAGUCGAGCUCGUCGCCGUCGGCGAGUAUUUGCUUGGCUGUUUGCACCGAUUUUCCAAAGCAAUAUUCCAAUGGAACAAUUCAUCUAGUUUCUCCCGCGAAUUGCCAUAAAUCCAAGACAACAUAAACAUUGCCAUAAAAUAAAUAUCAAAAGUCUAUAAAACGCUAAAUAACUGUAAAAACGUAUAUCAACGACUGAGUACCAUUUUAUAUUUAAUCUUAAAAUGUUUUUAAUAUACCGCAAAAAUAAUACUAUUAAUAUAAUCCCAAGAGUGGAUGGAAUAACCGAAAAAAAUGGCUGUCUAAAGGAAAAAUAAUAAAUUAAACGUGAAUAAAAGAGGAAAGGAAGAGAAAAAAAAAAACUGAAAAUAGCAAGACGUGAAAAAUAAAAAAACUAAAGAUAAGAAAAUGCAAGCCAAAAAACGAUAUCUGUUGCUAUUCGUGACGUGUGCAUUUCUCGGCUACUGUUACUUCGGUGGUUAUCGCUUAAAAAGUUCAAACUGGACAGAGGAUAAAAAAUUAUACAUAAGUAAUAUGCCAUCGUAUUUGACAAUAAAUGAAAAUUUUUAUGACAAAGAUACACGUACGAGUGGUAUAAACACACUGAUGUACAAUGCUGUGAAGAAUUGCCGCAUGGACACGUGUUUUGAUUAUACAAAAUGUAAAAAUGGAUUUACAGUGUAUGUUUAUCCGGUGGAGGACACGAUAAGUCCAAUAUACCAAAAAAUAUUGAACGUUAUCACAGAGUCACGUUAUUACACAUCGGAUCCAUCAAAAGCAUGUUUAUUUGUUUUGUCCCUUGAUACACUGGAUCGUGAUCCACUGUCCAUUGAAUUUGUACGUAAUUUGCCGACAAAAUUGAUGAGAUUGGCCCACUGGAAUGAUGGGAGAAAUCAUUUGAUCUUCAAUCUUUACUCAGGCACAUGGCCAGACUAUUCCGAAGACUCAUUAGCCUUUAAUAUCGGUUAUGCUAUGCUCGCUAAAGCAAGCAUGUCUACCUCACGUUUGAGACCUGAAUUCGAUGUAUCGAUACCACUAUUCUCCAAACAACACAUGGAGAGAGGUGGUGAGCCUGGACAAGCCAUUGAAAAUAAUUAUCCAAGUGUUAAAAAAUACGUAGCUGCUUUCAAAGGGAAGAGAUACGUUCAUGGUAUUGGAUCGGAAACAAGAAAUGCUCUUUAUCAUCUUCAUAAUGGCAAGGACCUAGUUUUCGUCACAACGUGCAGGCAUGGAAAGAGCUGGCGAGAGCUCCAGGAUGAACACUGCCAGCAGGAUAAUCAGGAAUAUGAUACGUACGAUUAUGAGGUACUUCUGCUUAAUUCGACGUUUUGCCUGGUGCCCAGGGGUCGUAGACUCGGCAGCUUUAGAUUUCUUGAGGCACUCAGGGCUGGAUGCAUUCCUGUGAUUCUAAGUAACGGAUGGGCAUUGCCAUUUCAUGAGAGAAUUGACUGGACUCAGGCGGUUAUUUUUGCUGAUGAGAGGCUGCUGUUACAAAUACCUGAUAUUGUCAGAUCAGUAUCGAAUAGUCAAAUACUUCGAUUGAGACAGCAGACGCAAUUUUUGUGGGAGAGAUAUUUUUCGUCUAUUGAGAAAAUCAUCUUUACUGUUUUUGAGAACGUGAGGGAGAGGUUACCAUGGGAGGGAACUCGUGAGAAAUUGACGUGGAAUACAUAUCCUGGUGCAUUAGCCAUUUUACCACAAUUCGCUGAUAGCCAGCAGGAGCUGCCCUUCUCAAAUCAUGAGCCAGGCAAUCAGUUUACAGCUAUUAUCUAUUCACAGUUGGGGUCAACAGCUGUUCUUUAUCGUCUAUUACGAAGCGUCGCGAAAAGUAAAUAUUUAGAUAAGAUUAUUUUACUGUGGAAUUCUGACAUUCCUGUACCGAGGAGACCUCGUUGGCAGGGGAUUAAAGCGACAAUUCAUGUUAUUGCUGCCAAUGGCAUCUCCCAGAGGUUUCAUCCUCAUCCCCAGAUCAAGACUAGUGCCAUAUUAUCACUGGAUGAGGACGCCACCUUGAAUACUGAUGAAAUAGACUUUGCUUUCGUCGUGUGGCAGUCGUUUCCUGAUCGGAUUGUCGGCUAUCCGGCGAGAUCGCAUUAUUGGGAUGACUCCAAGCGAUCGUGGGGCUACACGAGCAAAUGGACAAAUGAUUACAGUAUAGUUCUGACAGGUGCGGCAUUCUAUCACCGUUACUACAAUACUCUUUACACAGAAUUACUCAGCUCAACACUCCACAAGACAGUAGAACAAUCCCAGAACUGUGAGGAUAUACUCAUGAACUUCUUGGUCAGCCACGUGACACGACGACCUCCCAUCAAGGUCACCCAGAGAAAAUUGUACAAAGAUACUACGGCAGCUGGAAUAAGAUCAUCGUGGAACGAUCCGGACCACUUUAUUCAGCGUCAAACCUGCAUGAAUACAUUUGUUGCUGUUUUUGGUUACAUGCCUCUCCUUCGUUCAAACAUGAGACUGGAUCCUGUGCUGUUCAAAGACCCCGUCAGUAACAUGCGCAAAAAAUAUCGACAGAUUGAAUUAGUCAAUAAUUAAUAUUCUCCCCAUCA